AUGGAUUUGUACAACAUAUAUGGCAAUCUUCUGGAGACCUGGGUGACUGAAGGCCCCCAGGAGAGAGUAGCUCUGGAGGGCCAGUGGGAAGGGGGUGACUCUGGAGAUUCCCUCACGCUUUCAGGGACCACUUUCAUGUCUAAAUCUGACGUGGGGACACUGAUGCGGUCUGAUACAGAGGAUUCAGGGGUGGAGAUCUGUUCUGAGGCUUCUCUCUCCUCCUCUCCUCCCUCUGUGUCCAUGGAUAAUACAGAUAUUGAUCCUACAGUCAGGGAAGAGGAUGGACUCCCCUCUACCUCUCCUCCGUGCUCUCCUGUCCUCUCUCUGACAUAUUCCUCCUCCUCUUCCUCCCUGUCCCUCUGCCCCAGGGCUCAGCGGCACAGGGAGCUGGCCGCGGUCAUGCACCUAAAAGUGGAGCAGGCACUGAGGAGGGCAUACUCUGGAGACAGAGACAAUGUGCCCCGACAGCGGUGUCACACCGCUUCACUACCGUCACCUCACUCAGUGACCCAUAUCCAGAGGGCAGGUCACAGGUCAGGGAGCAUUGGUCUGAGGAGGACAGUCAGCCAGUCAGUAGUGGACAAACAGGCCUCAACAGAUCUGCUGCAGCACAGAGGAGGCUUCUCCCCACAUCACAAGACACUGCCUGCUCAGACAGAAACAGAGGUGGGUUUAUAUUGAAAGGAGUUGUUUACUUAAAUCUUAUGAUUCUCUGACUGUUUUCUUGUCUUCAAAGUAAUAGCGAUUCAGGGUGUUGGGCCAGUAACUGAAAGGCCCCUAGCGGACUAGGUGAAAAAUCUGUCGAUGUGCCCUUGAGCAAGGCACUUAACCCUAAUUGCUCCUGUAAGUUGAUCUGGAUACUAGCGUCUGCUAAAUGACAAAAAUGUAAAUGUAAAUCUAGAGUUUGGGACUAGACAGUGUGAUCCAUAGUGUUUAGUUUUUUUCUCCAAAAUCUCAGUCAUCUGAUAGUUUUGUUUGGCAUUCUUUUCCUCUUCUUGGUUUGUAUGGAACAUUUUCAGUAGUCAUUUGAAAGAUUAUUCGCAAAUGUAUUGAACAUACAUUAGAAUCGGAUUGUUAUCACUGUUGUUGUUAUGACAUAUGUUAUUACGUAAUUACACAAUAUGCCGGACGGAAGUCCAUUGUCAUGUUCAAGCAGUAUACUGAGCAUAAAUCGUUUCAUGUCUUUUUUUUACAAUGAACUGAAGGAAUGUCAGGGAGGAAAUUAGCUUUUUACCAUUACCACAGUUAACAGUUGCAACACACACACACACACACACACACACACAGUUAGACACACAGAAAGACAAACUAAUUGCAUCGACUGAAUCACUGUCGUGUCUGUAGGUUAUCAUCUUUCAAAUAUGUUCGCUUUAUUUAGGAACUGAGUCAGGCUUUUAACUUACUGCUGCUGAGAGUUGUAAUAGUAGAAUGAAUGCACAAGGUUCAAUUUUGAAAUUUGGUAGUGCAUGGGCAGUUUUCCUCUUAUUGUCAUUCACUGACAGACCUUAGAGAGCUAUUUUAAACCUGUCAGAUGAGAAAUGUCCAGUUGAUCAAUUGGUGGCCAUGUUAGCUAGAUAGGUAAGUUAGGCUAACCAGCUAUCUAAAUAUUGUAGUUAUCAUGACAAGAUUACGUGCUCAGGGGCUUCGACCCCCUAGGGUGCCCCCAUUGAUUUUGUUGAGUCACUCGGGUACCAUAACACACAUAAGACAUGGCAAAAUGUGUAGAAUUGCAGGAAAUUAGGUUUAAAAUUGCAAAAUUUUCUAUCAGCCUCAUGGCAAAAUGUGUAGAAUUGCAGGGAAUGAUCUUUAAAAUGGCAACAUUUUCUCUCCGCCAACAAGAAGGGUGGGAACAGUUUGAACAAUUUGGGGUUGCAUGGGUCACCAAGUGGGGUUUGUUACUACGCCGAUAAAUAACAGUAUCCAUCCGGAGCUUUGCCAUCUAGCAAAUACAGUAUGUGUACCCCUGUUGUAGUGUGUCAGACAGUGAACCAGUCUGUGAACCAGUCUGUCCAGGUGAGCAACAGGCAUGAGUGGAAUGGAGCCAAGCUGGUGUGGUGCUUCCUGGACAGAUGGAGUGUGUGGGUAUUGUGUUGAGCAGUCUGCUGUGUUGUUGAUAAGACUGUGACGGACAUGUCGCGCUUCUGCGUCAGAUGUUCGAAGCGACGGCAGUCCCAUUGGGGAAAAGUUAUUUACUAAUUUUAUUUUUUAUUUUUAUCAUCGUUAGACAAAUUAUCAGUUUUCUGCACCAAGGAUUCCUCUUUGUAAUGUUAUUAUCCAGUGGUCAUGUAGAGUGUUGACAAUGUUUGGUGUAAUGAAGCAGAGAGAUGUUUGUGUUUCAUGUUUGCCACAGUUGUACAGGAACAUUAAGUCUUAUUAAAUGGGGAUAUUAGUCUUUGCUCUCGGCAGGACACAGAGACAGGGUGCUGAGUGUUUAUGAGGAAGGCAAAGGCCAGUUAAAGGCCACCUCAUUAGCUUAGCUCUCUUUGGGGAAGAUAUGUAUUUCCUGCUCCUAAUGACGGAGCACUUUAUGUAUUUUGUAUUUAUUAAGGAUCCCCAUUAGUACCUGCCAAGGCAGCAGCUACUCUUCCUGGGUCCAGCAAAAUUAAGGCAGUUAUACAAUUUAAAACAUUACAAUACAUUCACAACACAUUAAGUGUGUGCCCUCAGGCCACUACUCUACUACCACAUAUCUACAACACAAGUUGAUUGCUGAUUAGUUACUAAUAAGCAAUGAAAAUAUCAGGUCUGCUGCCCCAGAAGUCAUAGCAUUAGAUUGCUAUUCUAUUCAGAGCAAUAAAUGUUUUGUGAAGUAAUAUGCCAGAGUUAAUUUACUGUAUACUUUUCCAUGUGCACUGUUAUCUUCCUUGUGUAAGUCUCUGCAUGUGUCGUCUUUACAGAUCAGGGAGAAGGAUGUGUGUGAGGAGGAGUAUGAGGGGCUCACCCCUGGGCUGGGCUACCUGAAGCAGGUAUGCCGGAUGCUGGAGGAGAUCGCCAGGCUACAGAUACGUAACCAAGGGUUACAGGUGGAGAUGGAUGCUCUCCGGGAGCAGCAGGGGAGACAGGUAAAAAGAUAUGUUGACAUUUGGCAUCUCAUGUGUAAAUAGAGAAUUAUGUGGAUGAAGCUAUAUACAAGUCAAUAUUUGACUAUAUUUACUGUGAGCAUUGACACAGUCAGUGUAACAGGUAAUUAACAACAUUUGACUUGAUGUUUCUAUCCAUAUAGAAUUCAGAACGCAACCAGUGUGACUUCAAGGCUUCUGAGGAAGGCAGCCCCUCUGCCAAUGAAAGACUUGAAGUCAAAGAUUAUGAGGACUUACCCUACCAAUCAUCUCAAAACAAUAGUAACGUGCAUCAGCAUUUUCGACGGAGGUCAGCAUCGGACACAACACUUAUGAUGGGACAUCUAAGUGAGUGACCAUCCAAUGUUACUUCCCACAGUGUACACUGUGAAAUACUGUGUCAUCAUUGGUGUAUUUGGGUUGAAACUGAAGGUUAUGAAUUGUGUGUGUUUUAGAGAAGGUGAAGGAAGUGUCUGGAGGGAGGUACCUGUGUCUAGAGGAUCUGCUUGAGCAGCCCGGGGAUGAUGAAAACCAGGUAAGAUGACGUAAACUAAACUAAAAUGCACACACACACACACACACACACACACACACAAUCAUGCAUGUACAGUUGAAGUCGGAAGUUUACAUACACCUUAGCCAAAUACAUUUAAACUCAGUUUUUCACAAUUCCUGUAAUUUAAUCCUAAUAAAAAUUCCCUGUCUUAGGUCAGUUAGGAUAACCACUUUAUUUUACGAAUGUGAAAUGUCAGAAUAAUAGUAGAGAGAAAGAUUUAUUUCAGCUUUUAUUUCUUUCAUCACAGUCCCAGUGGGUCAGAAGUUUAUAUACACUCAAUUAUUAUUUGGUAGCACUGCCUUUAAAUUGGUUAACUUGGGUCAAACGUUUCGGGUAGCCUUCCACAAGCUUCCCACAAUAAGUUGGGUGAAUUUUGGCCCAUUCCUCCUGACAGAGCUGGUGUAACUGAGUCAGGUUUGUAGGCCUCCUUGCUCGCACACGCUUUUUCAGUUCUGGCCAUACAUUUUCUGUAGGAUGGGGUCAGGGCUUUGUGAUGGCCACUCCAAUACCUUGACUUUGUUGUCCUUAAGCCAUUUUGCCACAACUUUGGAAGUGUGCUUGGGGUCAUUGUCCAUUUGCAAGACCCAUUUGCGACCAAGCUUUAACUUCCUGACUGAUGUCUUGAGAUGUUGCUUCAAUAUAUCCACAUAAUUGUCCUUCCUCAUGAUGCCAUCUAUUUUGUGAAGUGCACCAGUCCUUCCUGCAGCAAAGCACCCCCACAGCAUGAUGCUGCCACCCCGUGCUUCACGGUUCGGAUGGUGUUCUUCGGCUUGCAAGUCCCCCUUUUUACACCAAACAUAACGAUGGUCAUUAUGGCCAAACAGUUCUAAUUUUUGUUUAAUCAGACCAGAGGACAUUUCUCCAAAAAGUACGAUCUUUGUCCCCAUGUGUAGUUGCAAACCGUAGUCUGGCUUUUUUAUGGCGGUUGUGGAGCAGUAGCUUCUUCCUUGCUGAGCAGCCUUUCAUGUUAUGUCGAUAUAGGACUCGUUUUACUGUGGAUAUAGAUACUUUUGUACCUGUUUCCUCCAGCAUCUUCACAAGGUCCUUUGCUGUUGUUCUGGGAUUGAUUUGCACUUCAUCUCUAGGAGACAGAACGCGUCUCCUUCCUGAGCGGUAUGACGGCUGCGUGGUCCCAUGGUGUUUAUACUUGCGUACUAUUGUUUGUACAGAUGAAAGUGGUACCUUCAGGCGUUUGGAAAUUGCUCCCAAGGAUGAACCAGAUUUGUGGAGGUCUACAAUUUCUUUUCUGAGGUCUUGGCUAAUUUUUCUUUUCUUUUUCCCAUGAUGUCAAGCAAAGAGGCACUGAGUUUGAAGGUAGGCCUUGAAAUACAUCCACAGGUACACCUCCAAUUGACUCAAUGAGAAUCAGAAGCUUCUAAAGCCAUGACAUCAUUUUCUGGAAUUUUCCAAGCUGUUUAAAGGCUGAGUCAACUUAGUGUAUGUAAACUUCUAACCCACUGGAAUUGUGAUACAGUGAAUUAUAAGUGAAAUAAUCUGUCUGUAAACAAUUGUUUGAAAAAUGACUUGUGUCAUGCACAAAGUAGAUGUCCUAACCGACUUGCCAAAACUAUAGUUUGUUAACAAGAAAUGUGUGGAGUGGUUUAAAAACGAGUUUUAAUGACUCCAACCUAAGUGUAUGUAAACUUCUGACUUCAACUGUAUGCACGAACACACAAACACACACACAAACACAAGCAUGCACACACACACACACUUACUCAUAUUGUACACACACUUAAAUAGACACAAAUAUUUAAGCUGUAUUUCUGUAUUUGCGUGUGUUGUUAGAUGCAUGCAAACUUAUGGUAGAGUAUGUCUGUGUGAAAGUAUGCUUGUAUGCUUGUGCCUAUGUGUAAAUGUUUUUGGAAUGAGUCUGCAUCAAUGUCUCUGUUGACAAAUAUCUACAGUAUGUUUCUCUCCAGGAGAAACAAGAAACAAGAAACAAAAAACAGGGAAGUAGGACACAGACUUGGAAGCUGAAGAUUGGCUCUCUGAGGAGGGGGGAGACCACAGAGAAAACCAGGUGAGACAACAUCGACACCUAGAGGACAGUGUGUGUGUUGUCAUACUAUGCAUGAUGCUCUUAUAAAAUGUCCAUGGCUGCUCUAACAUGGCAGCCAAAUGGGAAUGAUGCACUGUUGCAUAGAUAAUGCACAGUGUGCUGAGGAGAUGUGGAGAGCAUAUAUUUAGCCUAGGCAUCUGUUCAUGAAAAUUCACUCUGACUCAUCCCAAAUGGCCUCUUUGUUUACAAUCACACAUACAGUAGGCUUACUGUCAGUGGCUUACCUCAGUUUCACGAGGCCCCCCGCAAGGUCUCUCUUCCCAACCCCCCCCCCAAAAUAUAAAAUUUUAGGACUUGGGGCAGAGAUAAAAAUGUGCAGUUUUAUAACUUAUCUCAUGCUAUUCUACACAUUUUGCCAUGAGGCAGAGAGAAAAUGUUGCAGUUUUAAAACAUAAUUCCUGUUUUUCUAAACAUUUUGCCAUGGCUUAUGACGUGUUCAUAUGCUAUCUGGGGGGGGGGGGGGGACCAGUGCUUGGGGCUGCGGGGGUGUGUGGUACACCAGUGCUCACUGUACAUUUAAGGAAUUAUGUUGUAAGACUUAAAUAUUCCUUCCGUGCAAUCUUUAAUGGUUCUGGUGCAUGAUUUUUCUUUCACAUAAAGCCAACAGAUUAAUUCAUCCGUGAAGAAAGCUAGCGGGCGAUGGUUGGGACAGCUGUUCAGGAGAAGGAAAACUGUGCCAGAAUGA